CCGCGAGACUGCCCUUAAGUGAAGCUCGUGCACGUGGUCUCCCUCUUUGGCCACUUUGCUGCAGGCUGCAAAAACUUCACAGCUUUCAACAAAUUUCAGGUGUCAUGCUUGUUUUGUUGUGUCCUCUGAAGCCGGGUGUGAGAGUUGGAAUGAGGACCGUCCCCGCUGUCACACACACAGAGGAUUUUACCCGGGUUAACGCUGCUUCUCGUCAGUGAGACAUCCUGUAACCACUCGCAUUAUGAAAUCAAACCACUGAAGUAAUUUGCAGACUGUCUUGGCAAAUGUCACAUAGGCCUAAGUGGCCUCUAUGGAGAGAAAACAUGAGAUUUGCAGCCCGUUCGUUCCACGGCGAAGCCCUUUGAGGAAAACGAGUGCAGAAAUUGUCAGUGAAGCCAGACAGUCCCUGCGAGUCCAGUCCACCCAGCGACCAUUUACCCCCAGAGAUGGACACAGGCAACUUUUUGGAAAGAGCUCUGCUCGUGCAGACCGUGACAACAGGCCUCCAUCGACCUUUAGUCUUCAUGCUCAAAAUUUUGAUGCUCCUGACUCCAGGCCAGGUUCAGGGACUCGCCUCUCUCCUCUGGACCACAAGCCAAAGUUUCCAGUCCCCUGCGAGGCUGAGGAUUCAUUCAAGGCCUUUCCCAAACCCCCCACUGACCCACUGGAAGUGAAGAGGGGCUUGGCAAGGACACGGGCACGCCUGCUCAGGGCUGGAUCUCUCACCAUGUUGCCUUCUGUAGAGGGACACACAGAUGUGAAAGAGAGAUUGAAUCUAGGCCCAGGACAAAAGCAGCCGUCAGCUAAACGACUCCCCAGUACAGAUCACACUGUGGUCCCAAGUGGUCCCCACAAAGCUGGCCCACGCAGAACAGCAAGUGAAAGUAGAAUAAUGCAGCCUGGUGAUGACUCAGGUGUUGGACCCACAGAGUGCAGAGUAGGAUGGAGAACAGAGCUGGGGAAUGGAGAAAACACCACAAGCACAGAGGAGGAGGAUGCAGAGUCACUGGUGUGGAAUAAUGCCAUUGCUCCUCUUCUCCAACAACUAGAAAGUGUGGCUGCAGGCAGUUCUGAGGGCUCGGUGGACCGCCUCUGUGAUUUGUGUGACGGUCUCCAUGGCACCUUGGCAGAAGCGGACAUGCUCGGCCGACGCUGUAAGAGGAGGUCAGGGAUACUUCGAACACUGUUCCGCCUCAUCGACCUCAACUCUGCCCAGCUCAACCUGCACAUCGGCAAGCUGUGCCUCGUUCUGUCUGUCAGUGGAAACAACCUGCUCAACAUCUGUAAGCUCAUCUUCCAGAUCAGCCGCAGUGAAAGCAACGACAUCCUCUUCCAGAACAACUCUAUCAUAGACUCGCUUCUGGGAAUUUUGAGCAAUGAGGAUGUGUCUACAUCUGGAGAAGCUCUGUUGUACUGUGUUGGGACUCUGAAAUUUCUCUCUGGAAACAGUGCAAUACUCAGACUCCUGCUGGACAAGAACUGUAUUGGUGUGGCUCAGAAACUUAUCCAGAGGCUCUGCGUGGCAGAAGACACCAACUUCACUAUAGCAGGCCACAUCCUCGUACAGCUGACAGCGACACUGAGGAACCUCGCAGAUCACCCUGACUCCCGUCCACUCUUCAUCUCCUUCUCUAUAGUACAAGAGCUCUGUUUGGUACUGCGGCGUCAUCGCAAAGACCAGGACAUCUGCACCAACAUUUCCAGAAUAUACAGUAAACUCUCCUCUUACUCGGAGUGCCGCCUCGCUCUGGCCCAGACCCCCGACUGCUACCAACUAUUUUUAGAACUGCUGAGCAAACAUCACCAAAAACAGGACCUUGUCGUGCGCCUUCUUUUCACCCUCGGGAACCUCACAGCCAAAAGCGACGAGGCUCGGCAGCAGCUCUUUCAGUGCAAGGGCUGCAUGGACACACUUCUGCAGCUGUACGACAGCUACCAGCUCAGAGACGAGUCGCCGCACACACCCUCGCGGAAAGGGCCCCCUUCCUCCAGCAAGCCUCUUGCACCACCAGUGAGUGUGCAGGAACAUGAGGAUGUGCUGGUGAAGCUGGUCAGGGUCCUGGCAAACAUGUGCAUCCACCCGGCCGUAGGUCCAGCUCUGGCAACCAACACAACCUGCAUUCAGCUGCUGAUGGAGACACUCGAGCUGAGGUCUGUGCAGGGAAGCGAGGAGCUGUUGGUGAAUGUGGCUGCCACCAUCAACAACCUGUCCUUCUACCAGGAAGAAAGCUCUGUGCUCAGACACAGUCAACUCGCCAUCGCAAAGUUGAUGUUGAAGUUGGUACUCAGCUCCAGUAUGGACGCCAUGCUUGAGGCCACCCGUGUAUUUGGAAAUUUGUCACAGUCCAAGGACGUACGGGACUUUAUUAUGCAAAACAAAGUGCACCAGUUUGUAGUGACGCUGCUCGACUCAAAAAGCACCGAGAUGUGUUUUUCAGCCUGCGGGGUCCUCACCAACCUGGCUCUGGACCCUCCAAACAGGGUCAGUCUCUCACUAGAGGGGGCUGCUGCCAAGCUUGUGGACUGUCUGAAAGACUUUGGACCAGGUGAUUGGCAGCUGGCGGGCCAGGUUUGUCAGGCGCUGUGGAACAUGAUCGCCGGUGGCUCAGAGAAGCUGCUGGACACACAGGAGAGAGAGUCACUGCUGGAGAUCCUUGUUGCAUACUUAGAUGAAGAAGAGGCUCUUAAAUGGAUAGAAGAUGAAGAUAUGAGGGACUUCCACAGGGCCUGCUGGGAGUUAGAGUUCUUACCUGUAGCUCAAAAACUGAUGAAGACGCUCCAGCCUCCGGGCCGGACGGCCUCGUGAACUGGAACUUAAAUACUUAGUCCAGAGACUACAUCAUAUCUAUUAAUCACUUACCUCCACUGGGUUUUUAAGGUGGCUGUAAAGGUUUGUAGUUUUCUUUUUCAUGGAGGGAGUAGGUGAGGUCGGCUUGAAUUUAUGUCAGUUUGUUGUUUUUUUAAGGCCUUUAAAACGUCUCUUCACUGUACUGCCCGUCCGUAGGCUCAGAUAUAGAUGGGCAGCAGCCAUUGUGACAUGAAAUAGUAGGGCAAACACAUAUAUUACCAAUGAUAAUCAUUAAGGCUUUGUUACGUUCAGCUCAAACAGUGUCAGGGUGCUGCUGUUGGCUCACUGGAAAGGCUCUGCUACACUAAUUGGAAUGGAGCCUUAAUUAGCGUGGCUGCUGUGAAAAAGGUCAAUUGAUUGGAGGAUUCAAUCUAAGGAUCUUUUAGAUCCUUAGAUUUAAGGCCUGCAAAUGGUCAGUGUGUCAUAUUCAAACCAAAAGAUUUUAGGUGGCUGAUGAAGGUAAUUAUGCAAAAUAUAAGAAGCACUGAAUCUACGUAAAACAAUACGUGUGAAUGUGAAAAUGAAAAGAAAAAAAAUCUCUGUUCUGUGGACAAAUAUUUGCAUUUACAUUUGUAUUUCAUUUUCAUUUAUUUAUUUUCUGGUCACUCCUCGCAUUAUCAAUACGAACAGCUACAUGUUUUUUUAUUGUUUAAAUUUUUAACUUUUUUCACUUUUUAUGCACUUUAAUUCCCAUAAAACUUGCAGUAGCCUUAAUUUAUGGGUAUCUUCACGUGUACAGGGAUAAUUUAAUGCAAGCUCUUUGCACAUUUGAUCUGUUUUGCUAGUACACCGAGUUGUAAAGGUUGUUUUAUGAUAAUGUUGUCUUGAAAACACUCACCUGGAAGUUACCUCAUAAGGAAAUCUUUUACUGUCUGUGGAUUGUGUGGCAUUGGAACUUGUACAUAAUAAAGCAGAAGAGAGUGGAAAAAAAAACA